AUGAAGCUCCUUGUCUGUGUUCAAACGCUUUUGCUUCUUCUGGUCUCGAGCGCCGCCCAAAUCAUCAAUCUCAAACCCGUUCCCAACUCCAUCCUCUUGGCCACUACCUUACACCCCCCGGUGAUCCUUCUCUCCUCCAACGAGACCGCAGCCGUCAAACGUGCUGCAGCGUCACUCUCCAUCGACUUCGGCCGUGUCCUCGGAAAGAACAGCACCAUCGUCUAUGACACCUUCAACACAUCCACAACUUUUCCCGUCCUGGUCAUCGGAACAUUAGGCUACUCCCCUCUCCUCAAGCUCCAAAACUCCUCCAUUCAGGGGGAAUGGGAAUCUUACACUCACGAAGUGACUAUGAACCCCUUUCCGGGUACUUCUUCAGCCUUAUCGGUAGUUGGCAGCGACAAGCGUGGCACUGUCUACGGCAUCUACGCCCUCUCCGAACAGAUAGGCGUCUCUCCAUGGUACUUUUGGGCCGACGUUCCCGUCACACCCUUGCCAUCCCUUCAUCUAUCUCCCGCCGGUACAAUUCAUACACAAGGGCCCCCCUCCGUGAAAUACAGAGGCAUCUUUAUCAACGACGAAGAAACCUGCCUCACCUCCUGGGCCCGUACCCGCUUCCCUCUCGCCUCAUCCGACCGCAACCGUCCCUUUACCUCUUCUUUCUAUGCUCACGUCUUCGAGCUCAUCCUCAGACUCAAGGGAAACUACCUCUGGCCCGCAAUGAAAAACAGCAUGUUAUAUGUCGACGACGUUGCAAACGGGGCGCUCGCAGACGACUUUGGCGUGGUGAUGGGGACAAGCCAUCACGAACCCAUGGCGAGGGCGUACCGCGAGCAGGAACGGGACCUCGAUGGGAGGUGGGAUUGGAGCCUGAACAAGGAGAAUCUGACGGCUUUCAUGAGGGCAGGUGCGGAGAGGAGCAAGGACUGGGAAACGGUUUACACGAUGGGGAUGAGGGGAGAGGGGGACACCGAGUCGCCUACGCUUACUGCGCCACAGCUGGAGGAGAUUAUUGCGGUGCAGCAGGAGAUUCUGAACGCUACUCACGGGAGUCGUUCGAGUGAUUUGCCCAAAGUUUGGGCUUUAUACAAGCACGAGAAACAGGAAGUCGGUAAAUACUACCAGCAGGGUCUCCAGGUCCCUGACGACGUGACGCUGCUCUGGACUGACGAUAACUAUGGUAAUCUCCUGCGCACGCCGUACCCCAACGAGACAUCGCGCACGGGAGGUGCUGGCGUAUAUUACCACGUAAACUAUGUUGGCCGCCCCAAGAUUUAUGAGUGGAUCAAUACCAUCCAGCUGGUCAAAACAUGGGAGCAGAUGCACCUCGCAUAUGAGAAAGGGGCUAGGGAGGUUUGGAUUGUGAAUGUGGGAGACAUCAAACCUCUGGAGAUACCCAUGACCCAUUUCCUCGACAUGGCCUACGACAUGUCUCUGCACCUCACGCCAACGAGCACGACAACCUGGCUCGAAACGUGGAUAUCAAAGACGUUCUCCCCAGACAUCGCGUCCGCCGUUGCGGACAUCUUGAACCGAUACGGCCGGCUGGUCAACCGACGAAAGUACGAGACGCUCAACAUGCCGCCGUUCGUGUACAGUACGCUCUUCUAUGACGAGGCUAUCACGGCUCUUGAGGUGUGGGAGACUUUGUUAGAAGACACCUCGAGGGUUUACGGGGAUCUCGAAGAAACCUGGAGGGACGCUUUCUACCAAAUGAUUUUACAUCCCGUCGAGGCAGGAAAGACGGUCAACGAGUUGUACAUCAAGGCCGAGAUGGGGAAGCUGUAUAAAGCGCAACGGCGGACGGCAACGAAUCGCCUUGCUACGGAGGCGAGGGCGGCCUUUGCCCGGGAUAAAGAAAUCUCGGCAGAGUACAACGGGAUCAAUGGGGUUUUACUUCCCAUUUUCAAUCCUCCCGUUGUCGAGGAGGACCUGACCGGACGCUGGAUUGAGUCUGACGGCGUGGUAUCCAUCGAAGCAGCGCAUUACUCUGCCAUCGAAACGAAGAACGGGGUUUCCGCCGAAGCUGCGAUAUGA